UUUUAGUUCAUUUUUCAUGUUUGUUCGACGCGGCGUACGUGACCGGCAGAUCGAUUAAUCCUUCUUCAAAAAGCAAGGAAAUUUUUAGUGUAUAUAUAGUGUUUUUAACGACAACAUCCAGUGUUAUACUUCCAUAUAUUCCCUUUGUGGAAAAUAAUACCAAACUUGUUUAUUGAAUUUAAAAUAAGUGUAGUCAUUUUCGAAGUGGCAGUGGUGCAUUUGUUUAUUUUUAGACUUGCAGUCAUGUUGUUAUUCUGGUGGCGCUAAAAUGUCUCAAAGGGAUACAGCAAUUCAUCUGGUUGCCGGAGGGGUAGCGGGUACAGCUGGAGCAGUAGUUACCUGCCCUCUAGAAGUAGUUAAGACACGUCUACAAUCAUCUAAAGGUGUGGUCAUUCCACCACCACCCCCGCCGUCCUCAAAUACUACCAGUUCUAAAAGAGUCUGUUCUAAAAUCCCAAAACACCAGGAGGCCAAAUGGGGCUACAGACGUACGAUGGGCGCAAUGUUCGCCUACAGCAAGCAAGCAGAUCGCAUGCUGAUGUCGUACAAUUACCAGGUGCAGCAGUGCGCGCGAGCAGGCCACGCGAGGACGGCGCAGAGGAUGAGCCUUAUUCAGUGCAUCAGAUAUAUAGUGAAGAAUGAGGGUGCGAGGGCGCUGUUCAAAGGCUUAGGACCGAAUAUCGUUGGCGUGGCUCCGUCACGUGCGAUUUACUUCUGCACGUACUCCCAGGCUAAAGCGAUACUCAAUCAGCAUAUACCACCGGACACGCCUAUUGUGCACUUGUCAGCGGCAAGCGCAGCUGGAUUCGUCUCAUGUACGAUGACAAAUCCGAUAUGGUUCGUGAAAACUCGGCUGCAACUCGACGGACAAAAUAUCACAGCACUGGAGUGUAUUAAGAGGAUAUACGCAAAGCAUGGUAUUAAAGGUUUCUACAAAGGUAUAACGGCCUCAUACAUGGGCAUUAGUGAGACGGUUGUCCACUUCGUUCUCUACGAAGGCGUUAAAGCCCGAUUGAUGGCUGCCAGGAGCAAAGAUGGCGUCGUCAGCGACACUCGCUCGCCGAGAGAUUUCCUUGAGUUCAUGGCUGCGGGGGCCUUUUCCAAGACGAUCGCUUCUUGCAUCGCUUAUCCACAUGAAGUGGCAAGAACGCGACUUCGCGAGGAAGGUGAUAAGUACAGAAAAUUCUGGCAAACAUUGCACACUGUUUGGAUGGAAGAGGGGUAUCGUGGUGUUUACAGGGGCCUUGGCACACAGCUAGUCCGUCAGAUACCGAACACAGCGAUAAUGAUGUCCACAUAUGAAGCAGUGGUAUAUCUUCUGACCACACACUUUAAUAGUUCCUUCUACGAAAAUACCUAGCCAUUUAUCAAAUGUUCGAGUUGAUCACGUUAGACACUCGAUGUGGCGAACCCACUGACAGUUAGAUGCCAUUUAGUUAGCGAGGCUCUGAUACCUCUGGCCCCUGAGAUCUUUUAGCCGUGCGUGGGUGCGGAAACUCUGAAUAAACAUUGUACGAUGGUCAUAUGUCGACAACUUUUAAGAGAGCAUGGUCACGUGACUUGCAAAUUAUAUGAGGAAUGGUCAUAUGUCGACAAAUUGUAGGAAAGCAUGGUCACGUGACUUGCAGUUUAUAUGAGAAAUGGUCAUAUGUCGACAACUUGUAAGAAAGCAUGGUCACGUGACUUGCAAAUUAUAUGAGGAAUGGUCAUAUGUCGACAACUUGUAAGAAAGCAUGGUCACGUGACUUGCAAAUUAUAUAAGGAAUGGUCAUAUGACCGACUUGAUACUGGCAGUAGGCCGUCACACGAAGGCUUUCGUCUAACUCAGAUUAAGAGGAAGUUCAGAAUUUAGUUGCGCCCUUUGGUAGGUUCAUGAAAAUUUUGUUGUACAUUUUUGAAGGUAUAACACUCUUUUGGUUAUGGAGUUUCGUUUCUAUUGCGGUGUAAAUAACGGUUUGGAAUAUUCCUACAGCCGCCUACUUACUCGCAAGAUAGUCAUUAGGGUCUAGUCUAGCAUCGAACACGAUUCUGCCCGAUUUUUGUGAGGCAAAAUGGAAAGACUGCUGAAAUAAUAUUGCUUUACUUGUAAAACUAAUCGCAAAAGAUUGCCGACUUUCAACU